GUCUCUUAAAGGGCCGGCGCACCAACAGGAGGCCUGUGGACGGAAAACGUUAGCUAGUAACGUUAGCUAGCUUAGUUUAAACACUGACUGGUUGUUUACAAAGUCACAUGGUCAGAGACCAGGAGGUCACGUCUUCAUUCCCUGGCCCCUCCUUCCUGUCCCUGGUCCUUCCUUCCUGUCCCUGGUCCCUCCUUCCUGUCCCUGGUCCCUCCUUCCUGUCCCUGGUCCCUCCUUCCUGUCCCUGGUCCCUCCUUCCUGUCCCUGGUCCCUCCUUCCUGUCCCUGGUCCUUCCUUCCUGUCCCUGGUCCCUCCUUCCUGUCCCUGGUCCUUCCUUCCUGUCCCUGGUCCCUCCUUCCUGUCCCUGGUCCUUCCUUCCUGUCCCUGGUCCCUCCUUCCUGUCCCUGGUCCCUCCUUCCUGUCCCUGGUCCCUCCUUCCUGUCCCUGGUCCCUCCUUCCUGUCCCUGGUCCCUCCUUCCUGUCCCUGGUCCUUCCUUCCUGUCCCUGGUCCCUCCUUCCUGUCCCUGGUCCUUCCUUCCUGUCCCUGGUCCCUCCUUCCUGUCCCUGGUCCCUCCUUCCUGUCCCUGGUCCCUCCUUCCUGUCCCUGGUCCCUCCUUCCUGUCCCCUCCUUCCUGUCCCAGAUCGUGGAGGGCGUGGUCCAGAGCAUCAAGCUGAUCACGGAGGACGCCAGCAGACGCAUCGCUGAGUACGCCUUCGAGUACGCCCGCAACAACCAGAGGAGCAGCGUGACGGCGGUGCACAAGGCCAACAUCAUGAGGAUGUCAGACGGGCUGUUCCUCAGAAAGUGUCGUGAAGUGGCCGAAACCUACAAAGACAUCAAGUUCACGGAGAUGUACCUGGACACGGUGUGUCUCAACAUGGUUCAGGAUCCGACCCAGUUUGACGUCCUGGUGAUGCCCAACCUGUACGGAGACAUCCUCAGUGACCUCUGUGCUGGUCUCAUUGGAGGACUCGGCGUGACGCCCAGCGGGAAUAUCGGCGCCAACGGAGUCGCCAUCUUUGAAUCGGUCCACGGCACCGCCCCUGACAUCGCCGGUCUGGACCUGGCCAACCCGACCGCUCUGCUGCUGAGCGCCGUCAUGAUGCUGCGCCACAUGGGCCACCACGAGACCGCCAGCCGCAUCCAGACCGCCUGCUUCGACUCCAUCAGGGACAAGAAGGUGCUCACGGGAGAUCUGGGAGGAAGCUCCAAGUGUUCAGAGUUCACCGAUGACAUCUGCCGCCGGGUCCAGGACCUGGACUGAGUACCUGGACCGAGGACCUGGACCGAGAAGGCGGAGUCUCCCCCGACCCCGCCCCCUUUCUGUAUCUACUUAAAGAACCUAUAUUUUGUAGGGAGGGGGCGGGGCUUGUUCUGCAGCUGCCUGUUUAACACACGCACACGUCACAUGACCAAGUGGCUGAUAUCACAUGUUUCUCAUACUUGACCUUUUUUAAAGUUAUUUAUUGUUUCCCGUUUCCAUCUCGCUGUUCUUCAGGAUCAUAAAGAUAUAAAGAUAAAAAGA